AUGGAUUUACCAGAAUUCCCGCCGAGGAUGUUUACAUUAGGAGAAGAGCCUGAUGCAAUCAGGAGCAUUUCGUAUCAUUCUGAUGACACGAAGUUGUUUAAAGCUCUAUGUGAUUGUCUCACAGCUGACGAAUAUGAGGAUCUGAAGGCGUCGAAGUUAGGAGUGUUCAUCAAAUUCAAGGAGCUUGACUUUGGUUGGACUUCAAGGCUGGUACAUUUUAUGCUCUCUUUCCAGCUAGACAUCAAGAAGAAGUUUGAGCUCUGGAGUCUUGUCGUUUCACAACCUGUGAGGUUUUCACUGAUAGAGUUUGAAUACAUGACUAAAGAGACUCCAGAGCUCAAACUUCUUCUUGAUUGUCUCACAGCUGACGAAUAUGAGGAUCUGAAGGCGUCGAAGUUAGGAGUGUUCAUCAAAUUCAAGGAGCUUGACUUUGGUUGGACUUCAAGGCUGGUACAUUUUAUGCUCUCUUUCCAGCUAGACAUCAAGAAGAAGUUUGAGCUCUGGAGUCUUGUCGUUUCACAACCUGUGAGGUUUUCACUGAUAGAGUUUGAAUACCUCACUGGGCUGAACUGCGAUUACAUCAAGGACCUGGAAAAUCCAAGGUGUGAGGUUACGACGGAGAUGGCUGCUUUCUGGGAGAAGAUGGGUGUUGAUAUCGAUACUGGGCCAAGUAUUGAUCAGAUAACAGAAGCAUUUUACAACUGCGACGAGUGGUCUCGGGAUGAUCGCAUGCGGCUGGGAUACCUUGCCAUCUACGCAGGGUACAUCGAAGGGAAAAAGUUCUCAUCCGCUACAUCAGCUAGUCUUGCAAGGCUAGUGCUGAUGGAUUCUCUGAAGGCAAAAGACUUGACGCAAACUGGUUACACUGUUGAUGGGUUCAUACAAGUGCUCCAAGUGUGGGCGUACUAUGCUCUGCCAGAAAUGGGUGCUAAUUAUGGGUCUCCCGUACCAAACAGACCGUCUCCACUGUUGCUGGCUUACAAGGGUGGCAAAAGACAACGCAAAUUUUUUAAGGCUGCUAUCAAUAAACAGACUAUCGUGAAGAACUUCGUUCAGAAGGAUUUUGAUGAAAUGUUUCCAAAAUGGGACGGAGACGUAGAUGACCCUGCCGCGGAUAACAUAAUUAAAGUCAUGUUUAAUGAUCCUGGAUGGGAGUGGACCAUGGAAUGCUGGCCAGUCACCGGUACUCGCAAGGUUGUGAAGAUGGAAGUGAUUCCAGUGAAGAAUGAAGUGAGUCCCGUGAAGUCAGAGAGUGUUGUGAAGGAAGAAAGUAGCAGACCUCGGAAGAAAGCUCGUAAAGGGUCUUCUGUUUCUGCUGAGAAACCUGCGGCGGGUAGUGAAGGUCAGCAGAUUGAAAAGACCUUGAAGGACAUAUCUGAUGCCAUUAAUCUUGGCUUUGGGACGUGUCUUAAGGAGCUCAAGUUACUGGCGGAUAGGAUUGAAGCUGUGGAGAAGAAGGUGGGAAUCACCAACAGAGGGGGUUCAUCUGAUGAUCGUCAACUUACAACCACUUCAAAUCCACCAAAACCUGUUGACGAACCCGGGAGUGAAAGUGUGAAUGGGGCGAAAGCAGGACAGAAGGAAGCCAAAGAACCGAGUCUUACUACAGAACCGAGUUCCUCGAGAGAGCUCUGUCUUGUGAGUCCUGCAGACGACUUACCGAGUGAAGAUCCUAGCCUUCUUAUAUUGGACAAACAAGUUUCGACCGCUUCAGAUUUACUCGUUGAAGAAGCUAGAAGGCAGACAAAAAAGGAGACUGCUUUGGUGAAUCUCCGUAAAAAAAGUGUGCGAGAAAGGAAGCUUGCUCCCACACAACAAACUCCUUUUAAGGGAAACAGCACUACCAAACAGAUCAUUCCAAACAAACAGGUUGGCGGAGGCUAUGAUCCUUUUGCACCCAUUGACAAGAUGAAGUCGAAGGAGCUCACUGCAUGGGUGCAAAAAGAUCCGUAA